AUGUCGAGCCGCAAACUCGGCGGGGGCCGCGUCCUAGGCAGUGGAAAGGGUCUCGCCCCGCCGAGCGCAGCGGCAGCAUCGCCAGCAGUUCAACGGGCAACGAGCCCUUACGCCCCCUCGGACAGUACGCCUUCGAUCGGAGGAUCUAUAGGAGAGUCUGUUCUAUCCCCAGGCUCUGGCUCGCCAAGCUCCACCAGCCCCUUGCCCGGCCUCGCUCAGGAUCUGGCUUCAAAUAUCAGCGUAGGAGGGCCCAGCAAUGGCGCAGCCGCGGGAUCAAAGCUGGUCUGUCCUAUAUGCGAAGAGGAGAUGCUGACUUUGCUUCAACUGAACCGCCAUAUCGACGACAACCACCAAGAACUCCCAGACUUCCAACAGGAUGAGGUCAAGACCUGGUUUGAUAAGCAGGUCUUGAAGGCCAAGAAGUUCCAGCCACUGUCGCUCAUCAACCAAAAACUACGGGGUCUAGAAGUGUUUGAAUCAAACGAGGCCGCCCCAGUUCCGAGCCACACAAGAGACAUCCCCGGCUCGAAACCACCUGCCCUGCUCGAGUCGCCCUUCGAUCCCGACGAUAUCAUUACCAAGUCGCACUGGCAAAGGUCAGGCUUCAAUGACUUCUGUACUGAUCCAGCUUGCGGAAAGGGUCUGGGCGCGGUCAACGGGAGCAUCAAUUGUCGGAGUUGUGGGAGACUGUUCUGUGAAGAGCAUACUAUGUAUCAAAUGAAGCUAUCGAGAUCCGCGGCCCACGAUCCCAUCAGGGGUCACUGGUACAGAGUUUGCGAGACCUGCUAUAAGUCCCGAGAAGGCUACAACGAUCAUAACGGGCUAGCAAGGGAUCACACGAGCGCAUUCACAGAGAUCCGGAAGAAGCGCAUCGAUAGGCAGACACUGGAGAUAUCCAGGUUGGAAAAAAGGUUGACAAAACUGACGCAACUAUUGGCAACCCCCCCUGAAGAGAUGUUGAACGGUAACGGCGGACCUGGUGGGAGCUUGCUGUCGCCCGUCACAUCGUUAGCUGGCCAGAGAAAUCAAAGGAAAACCAUUGAGCAGUCCGUAGUCACAUGGGAAGAGGACGCGAAAGUCAGCAAAUGUCCAUUUUGUCAGCAGGAAUUCGGGUCGUGGACGUUUAGAAGACACCAUUGCCGGAUAUGCGGUCGGGUGGUUUGCGCAGAUCCUCUGACUGGUUGUUCAUCCGAAGUAGGGUUGAACGUUGCCAAUUCGACCGCGCCCCCUUCGGAAAAGUCCGGUGGAACCUCAAUAAGUGUGGACAUUCGCAUGUGUCGUGGUUGUAAACACACGAUAUUUGCGAAACGGGAUUUUACCGACACGGUAGUGCACAAACCACCGGACCAGCGAGCAUACGAAACACUACGACAGUUUGAGCGAGGUAUACAGCAGUUCAUGCCUAGCUUCCAACGAGCACUGCUGCCGUUACAGGACGAGGAUAAGCCGCCCACGCAUGCUCAGAUCCAAGAGGCCUCGAAACUGCGAAAGAGAUUAAUCGACAGUUUUACCAAAUACGACAUUGCGGCAAAGCGGGUAAGAGAUCUUAAGACAGACAGUCCGACACAGAAACACCUACAGAAAGCGAUAUACCAGGCAGCAAGUGCAUUCUUGCAUAUGCAUAUGUUGCCGCUCAAAAAUCUGCCCAAGAUACUAAGGCAUUCCUCGUCAUCUGGAUCGAGGCGUCUACUACCCAACGGGCACACACCUUCGCCUCUGCGCGGAAACUCAGACUAUCUCGACACGGCCUCUCAGACAAGUGAGACGAGCACCGUCGUAUCAGCGCUCGAGACUGAAGAGAAGGAAUUACGAGAGAAGCUCAUUGUCUUAGAGGAGCAGAAGUACAUGGUACAGUCCAUGAUUGCAAACUCGCAAGGAGCAAAACGAUUUGAAGAGGUUAGUGCUCUCACUCGGAACGUCGAUGAGCUAGAGAAAGAGAUCCAGAGUGUCAGGACCAAGGUGGGCGAUGUGGAGGAUAGAUGGGAAGGACUUUAUGCUGGUGGAAGACCUGGUGCUGCUUAA